CGAAAGGGGAUGUUAUCAUCAUAAUCUAAUAAAGAAUGUUCUGGAGUUCCUCAUUCCAACUUUGCCACUGCAUUUGUGCUUUUCUUCUCCGUCUCGCUUCUUUCUUUCUGCAAUUUUUUGGAGGAAAAAAGGGGAAGACGAUGGACCCAAAAACUGAUAAGCUGGUGAGAAGGACGACUAUGGUGGCCACUGCUGUUGCUUCUUAUAUCCUUCUCACUGCAGACUAUGGUCCCCAACCGAGUGCUCUUGACCCUAUCAAAAACGCAAUACUUUCAGCGGAGCGCUCUGUGAAGGAGUUUGUCUUUGGAUCAAAGAAGGUUGGUCAGGAAAAUGAAGCUGAGAAAGCCCCAAAUAGCUCAGAGAAAGUCUGAGACUUUUCACUUGGGUUAACUACCAUUGCUUCCUCAUGAAUGUGAUUUAUGACCUCUAUCAGAGAUUUGCUGCCAUGAAUUUUUGCAGUAUAACAAACUACUUUCUCUUUGUGCCUAAGUUUUGAUGAUAGUGAAAACUCACUUGUUAAUGAUAGUGAAAACAACCAGGUUAAAUAUCACGAAAGUAGGGCUUGAACAAGGUGGCCAUAUGCAACUUGUUUUUUCUGUAUGGCAAUAAGCACAUCUCAAUAGA